CGUUUGGCGCUCCAAAGUUGAAACCAAUGGAGGUCGCUCGACAUAUUCGUGCAACCACUCUUCCAGGUGAAAAUGUUUUUUGUUAUUCAUCUCAUUGUCCUCAAGAUAAGGUCCUAUUUCCGCGGUCGACGACCCGAAACCCUUCACGGGAAACGUUGGUCGGCGGGCGAAAUCGAGAGCUCGUGUGGGAGAAGCGGAUUACGAGGAUGGGAAAUUUCAAGGAAGAAAUAGAGUACCGAGCUUGGACAAGCUCCUCCGACGAACUUUCUUUGUUGUCUUUGAGUGAUAAACCAGACAGGAACUUGAGUUUGUUCGACGAUUACGAGAUGGAAGGACUCAACCUUGAGACUGACCCUAAUCAUCGAAGCGGUUAUGUUGCUGUGCUGGGCAAGCCUAAUGUCGGGAAGAGUACACUGUCAAACCAAAUGAUAGGUCAAAAGCUUUCAAUUGUUACUGAUAAACCUCAAACCACAAGGCAUCGAGUCCUUGGUAUAUGUUCUGGCCCUGAUUAUCAGAUGAUACUCUAUGACACACCUGGUGUUAUAGGAAAGAAGAUGCACAAGUUGGAUGAUAUGAUGAUGAGCAAUGUUCGCAGUGCAGCUAUUAAUGCAGAUUGUGUACUUCUUGUUGUUGAUGCAUGUAAAAUACCUGAAGAGAUUGACAAGGUAUUGGAAGAAGGGGUUGGAAGUAUCCAAGAUAAGGUACCUACUUUGUUGGUGUUGAAUAAGAAGGACCUAAUUAAGCCAGGUGAGAUCGCGAAGAAAGUAGAGUGGUACGAGAAAUCCACCGAUGUUGAUGAGGUCAUACCUGUGAGUGCUAAAUAUGGUCACGGAGUGGAUGAUGUGAAGGAUUGGAUACUGUCAAAACUCCCUGUUGGUCCAGCUUACUAUCCAAAGGACAUUGCCAGUGAGCACCCCGAAAGAUUCUUUGUAGCUGAAAUUGUUAGAGAGAAAAUAUUUAUGCAAUACCGUAAUGAAGUCCCAUAUGCAUGUCAGGUCAAUGUGGUAAACUACAAAACCAGGCCCACUUCAAAAGAUUUUAUUCAAGUUGAAAUAGUUGUUGAGAAGAACUCCCAAAAGAUAAUUCUCAUUGGGAAAGAAGGGAGGGCUCUAAAAUUAUUGGCUACAGCUGCUAGGCUCGAUAUUGAAGAUUUUUUGCAGAAGAAAAUUUUUCUAGAGGUUGAAGUGAAGGUUAAAGAAAACUGGCGGCAAGAUGAAGCGCUACUGAAAUAUUAUGGCUAUGGGGGCCAGAUUCGAGUUUUACAAUCCGACUAAACUGCCAAAUCACCUGUAAUGUAUCAAUCUCCUAAAAUAUGUAAGGCACAAAUAUGAUAAUGUUUCUCAUUUUCUACCUA